AUGAUCGUAGAUGCGAUGGAUCUCUUACACUCGGGCCGCUUCGAUGGCUUCUGCCUCGUCUCUAAUGACAGCGACUUCACUCGAUUAGCCACCCGGAUUAGGGAGUCUGGGCUAAAGGUAUAUGGGUUUGGGGAGCGCAAGACGCCUAAGCCCUUCGUCGCUGCGUGCGAUGAAUUCAAGUAUACUGAAGACCUCAAGUAUCUCCCAGAAUUUGCCCCGAAUUCCAAUGUGGUCGAAGUGCCUGAAGCCCAUUCUCCAGUUCAAGAUGCCCGACAGAAUGAUAUCUCAGAUAGUCAGCUGAACAGUCCGGUAGAGGCGAGUCUCGAUAAUGGUGGGUGGGCUCGGCUAUCUGAGGUCGGCGAGCACCUCAUAAAUCGACACCCAGACUUCAACCCCUCCACACGUGGAUAUUCUAAGCUCAGUGACCUAAUUAUUGUUUUCCCUCACUUCGAUCUUGAGAAACGACCUCCUAAACCAGGCGAAGCCCCAGAUUUAUUGGUCAGAAAACGAAAGCCUCUGAUGGAAAUUCGCAAGUCUGAUUUAUUAUUCUGGCUCCAUCAAAUAACGUAA